GCUGCACAAUUACCUCCUGGGCUCCCGACCAGCAUCAAUCACAAUGGAUGAUAUUUACAAAGCAGCGGUUGAACAGCUAACAGAGGAGCAGAAAAAUGAGUUCAGGGCAGCCUUCGACAUUUUCGUGCAGGACGCUGAAGAUGGCUGCAUUAGCACCAAGGAACUGGGGAAGGUCAUGAGAAUGCUGGGGCAGAGCCCCACCCCUGAGGAGUUACAGGAAAUUAUAGAUGAAGUGGAUGAAGAUGGGAGCGGUACUGUAGACUUUGAUGAGUUCUUGGUUAUGAUGGUCCGGUGUAUGAAAGACGACAGCAAAGGAAAAUCAGAAGAAGAAUUAUCAGACCUAUUCCGAAUGUUUGACAUAAAUGCGGAUGGCUACAUUGACCUGGAGGAGCUGAAAGAGAUGCUUGAAGCUACUGGAGAGACAAUCACAGAAGAUGACAUUGAGGAACUGAUGAGAGAUGGGGAUAAAAACAAUGAUGGCAGGAUUGAUUAUGAUGAAUUUCUGGAAUUCAUGAAGGGAGUUGAAUAAGCGUGAGACAUUAACUUCUGCUGGAGCCAUGCCCCCACCUGCAUACUGAAUUUGUGAUUUUGGAUCAUUUUGGAUUAAAGGGCCUACCUCACCUAUACGAACAAAAAUAAAAAAGUACAGACUACAUCAGGGGUAUUGCCCCCUACAGCUGUUAUUAAACUACAACUUCCAGCAUCCCCUCUGCAGGUUAAACAUUCCUGGUGUACACAUAUAGAUUGAUAUAAGCCUCACUUUCUAUGGGAAUUCUUUGCUAACGACAAGGGCCAGCAUAAUGGUCAGCCAUUAUGCUUUCAAAGGGAAUCCUCAUUGAGCCACCGGGAAGGAAUACUUGUUCCUCCAGCUGAUAUCGACUUAUAGCUCAUAUUGCCUUUGGCAUAGAAGUCUGAUGGGCCUCCAGUUUUAUGACACAUGGGAGGGACUUAUUACAAAAUAGGAGGGGUUUAUGGCUUGUGUAGUUCUGGGUGUGGCCUUGGGUGGUUGGUGUGUACUCAUACUGUAUCUUAUUAAUAUUCACUCUGCAAUUUCUUUAUCUGAAGCAUUUUACAAAGCAGACAGCCUGGGAAUUAGGCCCAAACAAUUGUAAUUCAAAACAAGACUGAGUAUAUGUAAAAAGCCUCACUCAGGGCAUUUUGCGCCUAAAUAACUCAGUCCAUGGCAUAAAUAUAUUUGAUUUGUGACCGUUACUAUUAUUUGUAAUAAAAACCAUGUCAGUCUGUGAAAAUACGCAGAGCGACUUCCUCGGGGGCAUCAAAUGCUGUCAAACCAUGUCCCUUCAUUUGCUAAUAAAUUUAUUUGAAA